AUGGAGCCCGAGCUGGAGCCCAUGAUGGCUCCCAUGGCGGUGGGCAGCGAGCUGGAGGAGGCGGAGGAGGGGAUGCCCGCCAAGGCCAUGGCCUCCCCGUCGGAGGCCACUGUCCGAUCACUGAAGCGGGAGAAGGCGUGGGCCCUUCGUUCCGUGCUCAAAGUUUUCGUGGUGAGGACGGAGCCGAACUACGCCCAGCCGUGGCAGAUGCGGCCGCAGAGGAGCUCCACGGGGUCGGCGUUCGUCGUCGACACCGAGAGUCGCCACAUCGUGACCAACGCCCACGUGGUAUCCAACGCCACCUCUGUUCAUGUGCGCAGACCUGGCAAUCCCAAGAAAUGGAAGGCCACUAUGCUGUGUGAGGCCAAGAGCUCAGACUUAGCACUCUUGACAGUUGAGGACUCCCUCUUCUGGGAGGAUGACCUGAGACCACUCGAAUUUGUGGAUGUGCCUGACCUUCAGCAUCCUAUAUUUGUAGUAGGUUAUCCGAUGGGUGGUGACUCCCUGAGCAUCACAAAAGGCAUUGUCUCAAGAAUCACGAUGACAAGGUAUGCUGUGGCCUCCAACAAGCUGCUGGGCAUUCAGAUCGAUGCUGCCAUCAACCCAGGCAACUCAGGAGGCCCCGCCUUUGCCAACCUGGAGCAAGGGAAAGUUGCAGGUGUGGCGUUUUCCAAGAUCACUCAUGCAGACAACGUGGGCUACAUCAUCCCUUGGAUGAUUGUUGAGCACUUCCUGGCAGAGUACAAGGAGCACAACACUUUUCGGGGUAGCUGCUCAGGGGGGUUCAGGUUUCAAGAUAUGGAAAACAGCCACCUGAGAGCCUAUCUCCAGGUCCCAGAGAAUCGUUCUGGAUGUGUGGUGUACAAAAUCGACCCUCUGUCCAAUGCCAGUACUGCCCUGGAGGAGAUGGAUGUUGUAAUGGAGGUGGACAAUGUGCCAAUCGCUGAUGAUGGUACAAUCCAAUUCAGAGACGAUGAACGUGUUGAGUUCUCCCACGUUGUGAGGAGCAAACACAUAGGCGAUACUUUGCAGCUGAAGAUACUGAGGAGUGGACAGGAAAUGGAGGCCAGCUACCAACUGUGCCAACUAAGGCCUCUUGUGCCUGUAAUGCAUGGCUUGGACUGCACACCUUCAUACUUCAUUGUUGGUGGGCUCGUUUUUGUCCCUCUCAGCAUACCAUUCUUGGAGCAUGCCUAUGGGUCCAGGAAGUGGCGGCAGCUUAGCCCCAUUCCACUCCUGGGCAUGAUCACGGAAUACAGGUCAUUUGCCGAGGAACAGGUUGUGGUCUUGGUGCAAGUCCUGGCAUCGGAGCUCAACUUUGGUUACAAUUUUUCCACCAUGCACUGCCACAGUUUCAAUGGGACACAGCUGCGAAACCUGCAGCAUUUGGCAGAGCUGGUGGACACCUGCACUGACAGGUAUCUGACAUUUUCCCUUGAAAGUGGGAAAUCGAUCAUCAUGGAUAGAGAACAGGUCAUCCGAGAUGGUCCCAAGAUACUGGAGGACCAUGCAAUCACAUACGAUCGCUCGAAUGAUAUUGCAGACCUCAGACCAUCAGCAGUAGUGGGUGCUGCCACAGGCACCUCCAGUGGUGCUGCUGGCCGGGACCUGGAGCCUCGUCCUGACGCAGAUGGGAAGAAAAGCAGUGGGACCAGGGACGGGAGUCAAAACAACGGGGCGCCAGUCGACCCGCCUUCAUCAGGCGGAAGGUGA